CGUUUUGCCAGGCAACGUGCGACCAGAGUUCUCCUUGGAGCUUGCUUUUUUUCUUGCUGACCAGAAUAAAAUCAUUCACCAAUCAGUGUUGCACCGUCAUCAUCUUUGCUUCUUUCUUCUCUAUUUGUUAUCAUUAAACAAGCCUUUACAUCAUUCUUCUUCGCUCCAUUUGUUCUCUAAAACAUUGUGUUGAUACCUAUUGAAACAUGUUCAAAGAUGAUACAGUGUCUCCAGUGAGAUCAGUGUUCAUCAGCGAAGCAACUUUUAAUUGACAGUGUGAUUUGUGAUCAGUGAUGACAGCGAAGCAAUAGGAAAUGGUGUGCAAAAGAUCAUUCUGAGUUGCUGGAGGGUUGAUGAUCAAGGAAUCAACGCAUGGAGAGAAGAAAGCUGAAGUUUUCCUAGUGUGUUGUGAUCCAGAAUCUUUAAGGACAUCUUUGCUUAACUGUGGACCUGCCGAUCAACAUGUAUCUUUCAUAUUUUAUAAAUAAGAUCACCUGCAAGUCCGAUUUAAGGUGUUUCCGUUUUCUUCGUUGGACCAUCCUGGUGCCUCUCAUAAUCUACCUGUUCCUUCUCUUCGCCAAGUACAACAGGAACGUGCCCCUAAAGAGCCUGGUAUCCCCAGCAACGGCGAAGGACGAGGAAGGUUCAAUGAUCGAGGACCUGUUCGUCGAACUGGAGGUGGUGACAGCUCCACGUGACAAGGAGCUGGAUCGUCGAAGAGAAGUUGAUCGCAGUAUAAAAGAGGUGGAAGAGGCGGAGAACCGAGAGAACCCAAGGAGCCUCCUCGAGGAUAUAUUUCAAAGAGCAGACACUGAUCAGGAUCAGCUGUUGGACAUCCAGGAAUUGGCAAGAUGGAUUCAUAUGAAGAUAACUGAGCACAUCAGCUGUGCCAUGAGGGAGAACAUUGGACUGUUCACUGCUAUCGACAACAAUCCACAAAAUGGCGAGGUCUCGUGGGAAGAGUACCACGCGUACUUUCUCAGGUCCCACGGAUUUCCUGAGAGUUACGUGAGCUCUCACGACAAGAAGCACAGCGACAUGUCGCGAACCUUAAAGGAGAGCAUCAUGAGGGACAGAGCAAGGUGGGCGGAGGCUGCCAGGAACGAUCCGGAGAGGCUCGCACUUGACGAGUUCCUGGCUUUCACUCAUCCUGAGAGCAGCCAUCGAGCUCUCCUUCAAAUGGUGGAAGACCUGUUUGAGAAAUUUGACCGUGACGGGGAUGAACAGCUGACAGAAGACGAAUUCUCAGACUUACCUGCAGAAGGGGUGGGAUUGGAUUUAAAGGAAGACAGACACGAAGCAGUGGGCGGAAGUGAAGACAGGCGGAAGGAGUUUCGACAUCUCAUUGACAAGAAUAAAAAUGGAAAGGCUGACAGGGCAGAACUUCUGAUGUAUAUAGAUCCAAGGAAUCCAAGGCACGCUAUACAAGAAGCUCAGCACUUGAUAAAUUUAUCAGACACCAAUCUGGAUGGCAAACUGAAUCUAUCUGAAAUUCUAAGCAAAAUGGACUUAUUCUUAGGGAGUAAAAUGGUGGACACAGAGAAAAGUUUUCAUGACGAGUUUUAGGAAACUCAAUAUUUAAGAAAAGACUAUUUUCAAGUAGGAAACAAGUCUGAAGAUGAAUAUCUUCAUCUACUUUUAUAGAAUAUAAAAUUUCCUUGUCCUUAGAACUGAGCACUGUUUUGAUAUCGGUAAUAAUAUUUAUUAUUUAAUUUAUUAAGGAUGCGUCAGUAUUAAUUUAAAUACUAAAUUCUGAUGAAAUUUGUACGAGCUUUUGAAACAUAUCUGUGAUAGUUUUUACAAUGUAGAUUACUAUUUUUGUUAGCUGGGAUUAUUAUGAUUCAGAUAGAGUCAUUGGGUUCAGAAAUAAGUUAAGUUUUCUAUGACGCUAUGUGUAAACUUUGUCUGGAUUUAAUUAAUAUAUGUAAGAAUUAUUUAUAUAAAUGUAUUUAUCUUUGUUAUUGUUAAGAACACCGUGUUUUAUGUUGACUGAGGUUUAUAAUAAUUCAGGAGAACAACACCAUGGAUGUUCCUUUAUGCAAAAAACUUUAUACUGUGUAAAAUA